AUGCAUUUAAGGAAAAGGGAGUUCCCAAAAAAUGACGCCUUCGUAAAGUCGAGCGAGAUGGGAGAAACUUCCAUGUGCGUGGAAGAUGAAAUUUUCUCCAAUUCCACCUUGUCUGAUGCUGAAAGUUGCUAUAAGUUUUGGAAAAACGCCGACAGGGGGGACAUUUUUGAAAUAUGCGAAGAGUUCGAAAGUUCGGAAGAUGAAAGUGUUGUAAAGGACAUGGCACAAAAUUUAGGCGCACUCAAAUUGUACUCCAGUGUAGAGACUAACACGGUGCCGGUUAAUAUGGAUACAACGGUGGAGGAUGACACAUGUGUAAAGGACGAAGUGGAGAAUCCCCCAUCACGUGGAAAUUAA